CAAAAAACUCAUAUAUAUCUCAAAAUCAAAACAAAAUCUCAAUCAACAAAUCAAAAUUAAAAACCACAACAAUGUGUCGAGGUUUUCAGCAAUCCGAGUCGGAGAGAUUCUUGAAGAUGAAGGCUUUUAACCUAGCUUUCACUCUUGCUCAUAAAUCUUGUAGUGUCACAACAUUUCCUGAUUCUUUAACUCUUCAUUAUCUUCCACGUAUUAAUGGCACGCCUCUCGAGGUGAACCAUGCCAGGAUCAAACCGGACUCUCCGGCUUUCUUGACCCUGCACCGGGUCACGAGUCCCCCGGGUCAAGUUUGUUUUGCGAGUAGAGAGAAAGUGAAGGCCCGCCAGGGCGCGAGGUUCGAGGUGUUCUUCGGGGAUGUUAGGGUUUUGAAGGGUUUUUUUAGGAAAGACUGGGAUGACACGUGGAAGAUGGAGUGUGGGUGCGGGCUUGAGGGGACUUCUGCGGGGAGGAUUUUGCAGGAGAUUGUGAAGAGAGCGGAGGUGAGUGUGGCGGCGGAAGGAGGGGUGGUGAUGAAUGAGACGGUGGAGAUUGUGGCGAAAAGGCGGCGGAGGAGGUUGCUGAAGGGGGGAGCGUUGGAGGAGAUUCCGGAGGAAACUGAGUACUGUAAUGAAUUUGGUGAUGAGGAGUCUUGUUCGUCUUCUAGCUGUUCUUGCUGCGAGGAGGUGGAGGAAUCUGAAUCUGAGUCUGAAUGUUGUGGAGAUGAGGAAGUGGCGGCGGAGGAGACGGAGGGGGAAGGGAGCUGGGCGGUGGAUGUGGGGAUAUGGGUGAUGUGUUUAGGGGUAGGGUUACUGGUUUCCAGGGCUUCUUCUAAGAGGCUUCUCAGAAGAACAGCUGCUUUUUUAUAGUGGAUAACUACGUUAUUAUAUUUGUAACUAAUAUCGAGAUGACUGAUAAUCAUGAUAUAUCUCUAUGUACACAACAUAGUUUUGUAGUUAAUUUUGAUUUUUUACAA